ACCCUCACCUAGAAGGUGGGAAGGAGCAGAGGAGCCACAUCAGCAUGAGGAAAGCCUCGGUAAUCCCAGAAUACCAAACUGCGUUUCUGUGAAAUGUGGAAAAAAUAAAUCCCUUCUAUACUUAAGGCAAAUGUGUCCUCUGGGGUGCUUUAAUCAUCAGAGCACAAGUGUGGUACUGUCCUCUUUCAUGAGUGUGUCAGUGGUACUAAACAAACCGAGGUCCCUGCUUCUGCUCUGCUAUUGUAAAAUUCCCCAAGAAAAAGGCAUGUGUAGUUUCAGCUCAAGUAGGUGUUUGUUUUACAUGGGUUGAGAAGACUGCAGGUAUCAUUUUGGCAACAAAGCUGACUUUUUUCUAAACAAAAAUCAUUAUCUUUUGAGUCUUAUGAAUAGUGUAGUUCUGGGGUCAAGACACAAGAGCCCAGAAAACAAACUAAGCAAUUUUACCCACCUGCUCUAGGUCCAAACUACUAUUGACUGAAGAAAGGAGGUUUGUAAUCCUUAUCAGUUAGUCAAGUCAGCAUCCUUCUCAGGACCACCUUCUCUGUGGUAUGGAUUGAAAUGACAAAAACUUAUUUUUGGUUAUUAAGUUACUUAUUGUUCAGCUAAUUUAAAGCUAUUCAAUAUACAGUUGAUGGUACAUGCUUAACUACACCCCCGUGUCAGGUGUGUAUACCUCUUAAAUGCACCAUUUAACAAUUUUUGCUGAACUGGAGAGUGACAGGCAAUACUUCUGCUAAUAACUGCUUUUUUUUUCCCUUUUAGAUCAUGGCUGAGAAAGUCUUGAAAUAUGCCAAAGACACAUUCUUCCUGCUAAAUUGAUCACUAGUCAACAGGAUUGUUUCCAUACUAUCCUCAUGUGACCCCUUCAUAUGCAUGGUACAUGCAGGGAUCUGGCUGACUGGCAGAGAACAUCAGCCAUGCAUCACUUGUUUGGACUGGUUUUGGCACAAAAGGACCUUUCACGUGCAGGGGAUCUUUUCUCCUUAGAUGAUGCUGAAAUUGAAGGAAGCCUCUCAGAAGCUCUUGAACAAAUAAGAAUAAUUAGUUCAUCUGUGGACUACCAAACUAAUGACAAUGACCAGGCUGUGGUGGAAAUCUGCAUCACGCGAAUCACCACGGCCAUCAGGGAGACGGAGUCCAUAGAGAAGCACGGGAAAGCGCUGGUGGCUCUCUGGGAGUCAUGUUUGGAACACAACCUAAAACCUUCAGGAAAAGAUGAGGACACGCCACAUGCCAAAAUUGCAUCUGAUAUCAUGAGCUGUAUCUUGCAGAAUUACAGUCGACCUCCAGUAAUGGCCUUAGCUGUCCCAGUGGCAGUGAAAUUCCUUCAGAGGGGAAAUAAGGAACUGUGCAGAAACAUGUCAAGUUAUCUGUCCUUGGCUGCGAUUGCUGAAGUGGAUCUGCUGGCUGAUCACACGGAUGCCAUUGUCAAAAGUGUCCUUCAAGGGAACUCCAUGUUGCUGCGCAUUCUGCCUUCUUUGUAUGAAAAGCAACCACAGCUGAUAAACUGCCAUAUGAGGGAGCUGGUGGCACUGAUGGCUCAGCUGGAUCAAGCCGAACAACACCAUCUCUUAAGGCUCUUCCAGAUAGUGGCCAGGAAGAAAGAACUUGGGGUGCUGAAAGAGUGUAUUCCAUUUCUAAUGAGACACUUAGGAGACCCUAAUUAUAGUGACAUUAUUCUAAACAUACUUACAGAAAUAUCUAGGUACGAACCAAUAGCCUUAGCCACUUUUCUUCCGAUGCUAAAAGAAAUUGGUGAGAGUUUUCCAAGCUUGAUCGGGCAGACGGCAAAGAUUUUUGGAGCUGUUGGACGUAUUGGUGAGGAGCGAGCCAGAACGUGUCUGAUAUAUUUGGUAAACCAGCUGGCCAACAUGGAGCACUCGUUUCACCAUAUUCUUUUGCUGGAAAUUAAGAAUCUCACCGACACCUUCUCGGGCAUCCUGGGCACCCAGAGCAGAGAUAUCUACCGCAUGAGCAACAGUUUCACUGCCAUAGCUAAGCUGCUCAUCCGACAGCUAGAGAAUGACAGCACAUCAGGAGCCAGGAUAGAAAAUGAUACUGAAACAGAAUCUCCUGUGCCAUUGGAUGAUUUAAAAUCUGUUAUGAAUGGAAAUGAAGAAGAUGAAAAGCUACAAGUUAAAAUACAGGCUUUUGAAGAAAAAAUAAAUGUUGACAACAGUACUUCUGGCUCUGUGCGCAGAUACAGUUUAGGCCAGGUUUCUAAAGAAGAAAGGAAGGAUAUGAGAUUUAACAGAUCCAAAAGUCUUGCUUUCCAUGCAGUCCGCAUGAAGGUGGUAAACUCGGACAAUGGACAAGACCAAGAGAAUGGGGACAUAAGUGCUGGUAUCUCCUUUACUGAGAUCUAUAUUAGCCAAGAAAAUGAUAAAUUGCCUUUUAAUGUUGAUACUGAAGAAAUGCAACUGGGAAAUUCUUUGGUUUCUCACCAAAGUAUCGAUUACACAGAAUCGGAAAAUCUGCCAGAAUCUGUUAAAGCAAAGGUCCAUGAAGGAAGUACAGAGACAAUAAAGAAUCCUGUGGAAUACCAGGAUAAGCUCUACUUGCACUUAAAGGAAAACCUGGGUAAAGUGAAAGCAUAUGUCAUGGAGAUGGGGAGGAAAAUUCCUAUCCCUGAUCAGUGUAUUAUUGAAGAUACUGUUAGAAGUUGUGUAGCAAAGCUGUUCUUCAGCUGUCCCCAGAAGGGCCAUUACUGCCUAUACAGUAAAUCCAGUUUUACUCUCAUCAGCCGACAGCCUCCGCUAUGGAUCCAUAUCAUGUUUCUCUUUCAGCAGAGCUUGUGUGCAGAACCCUUGUCCGUACACAGUAAUCCUGUGCAAGUCCUUAAAGCCCUGUGGGAGAAGACGCAGCUCAAGGGGACGCACAGUUUUGAAACUGCCAUGAUUCAGUCUACGUUUCCCCAGCAAAAGGAUCUGGACCAUGUACAGAUGCACCUGGAAGAAGUGAGGUUCUUUGAUUUAUUCGGCUACAGUGAGGAAGCAGGAACUUGGCAAUGUUUUAUGUGCAAUAAUCCUGAAAAGGCAACAGUUGUAAAUCAGGACGGCCAGCCUCUGAUCGAAGGCAAGCUCAAAGAGAAGCAAGUCCGCUGGAAGUUUAUCAAAAGGUGGAAAACUCGCUACUUCACUCUUGCUGGCAACCAGCUCCUUUUUCGGAAAGGAAAAUCCGGGAAGCACCUGCUAAGGCUGUUCGUUGAUUGCAGCUCGAUGUUUCCCAGCUUCUGCAGCUGCUCGAGGAGCCCGUCAGAUAAGGUUUCAGAAGAAGGCCACCUCCCCCAGCUCCGUGCACCGGAGCAGGAUGCGGUUCUGUGGCAGCAGCGCGCUCGCUGCCGCGACUCGGAGCCUCUCCUGGGCUCAGAAGACGUCGGAGGCCGCUGCUGGGCUCUGCCUCGGGGAGCCAGGCUGGAAGGCUAACCCCUCGCCCAGACGGGGCUGACAGCGAUGCUGCAGUCAGGUUCGCAAGUCACCUCGUCCCGCUGCUGCAGAACAAGGUCACCGAAGGACUGAAGUGUCUCGCUGAAGCUGAGACAGAUCUGUUAAAGCAAAACAGCUUCCGAGUUAGAUAUACAGAAAGCAAGACAACGCUCUCAGCGCCGUGAGCCGAUGUGGCAUGCCUCCGUUAGGCGUUCCCAUGUCCGACUGCUCCGUCCGCAAAGGGUUCUCGCUAGGAAAACUCAUUCGGGCUCAACCUGCUAGUCAUCCCCAGCCCCGAAUGAGGACAGCGUGUGUGAGGUUAGGGUUUCCAGACUACUAAUGUCACAGCUAGUAAUGCUAAAUCCAGACGUUGUCCUUGAAAGAGCACUACAGCACAUCAUGCCUUGCAUAUAUCGAUACACACUGCUCAGCUUCCCAGGCCUGCGUGCACAUCAGUGCACAUCUGCUUCGCAAAAACACAAGGACAGGAUAAAUCCUCAUAAGACAAGAUAGCCUGAUCUUUUUCUUUUAAAGCUGCAGACUCAUGAUGCAACCCCUAAAAAUAAUUCAGGCCUGCCCCACUAGUGACAAAUAUUCUCCUGGAUGAAUAAGAGCUAAAUAUGUCUCUCUGAUGUGUGCCUUUCAAGGUACAGCCUGUUCUUUCCCAUCCCCUCAGCAGCGCGGUGGUGUUCGCGCUCUGCGCUAGCGGCUCUGGUCUGAUUUAUUCCAGGUUAAUGCCUUGAUCCUUCACCCCUUUGUACAUAUGCCUAUAGCUACAGAUUUGUUCGAUUGUGAUAUAUCUGCAAGAACGGCAUUUGCACACAAGAGGUGUCUGCGCUAGAGGACUGCAUGGGAAGGACAAAGAACAAACUCCUGCGUGUUCCCAGCAGCUCAGGUUUGCCAUCACGUCCCAGGGUGCGAGACCCCGUUAUUGAAGCAAGGGGUUGUACUGUGAGAUCUGAAAGACUGUCCUGUGCUCGAUGUCAUUCUCUCUCAUUUGCCAUUUUCCUAGUUCUCUUACCAACAGAUGGAAAUACUGUUAGUAUUGUGGUAACUUCCCCCAGGACAGAUCUGAGGCAGAUGUAUGUACAGGCACACAUGCAGAGCAUAUUGCUUUUUAAGUGCAUGGCGAUCACCCGGCGUAGAAAAAGUCAAGCAUUGUUGUGGAUUUCCAACCUGCUCCAAAAGCAAGAAGGCUGUUAUUUCUCUCUCUUAUGAUGAUAGGCUGCUAUGAGGAAAAGGGAAAACAGUGUUCCCUCUGUCUGCUCCUGCGGUGUCAUUUCUGGCUGAAGAAGCUGGCUGCUAGCUGCUGCACACCUCAGGGACAAGAAACAGCCCAUUUUCCCAUCCACAUUUUUAGGUCUUACCUAAUAGGGCUGAGUCAAACCUGAGAUGAGAGCAGAAACUGCCCGCUUCUCAGAACCGCUCGGCAGCAGAGGCGUCAUUUUACCCUUGUUGCACAUUUGGAUAAUCAUCUACUCUAGUACAAAGUGAGCAUUGCCCGCUCUCAUCUGCCUGCCUGCGUUUUGCAUGCGUCUCCAGCCCUGCUGGUGACCAUACAAGGUUCAUGCAGUAGAAAAACACGACUCGGGGAAUACCUAAGCCUGCUAGGCUUCUUGCAUCAAGCCUUCUGAGAUGCCAAAGCACAGAGAGCUAGCCGGAAAGGUCAUCACAACUGGAGCUGUUGGAGCAAAUGUGCACAACCCUUGCCCCAAGCGUCAUCGAGCCUAUUGGGGUGCCUCUGCCUCCUUGUGAUGGGGAUGCUGACCUUGUCACGGAGGGACCACGAGCAGUGAGUCGCCCAUCGCUGGCGGUAAUGUCUUUAAAUGGCCUUGGCAUCUAUCAGAGCUUCUGCCUCAGAGCCCGAAGCAAAUGUCAAACUUUUUUGUUAUAUAUGUACCCUUGCAAAAAGAAGAUUUGAAGAGCUGCUUAUCCCAUGGAAGUUGUAGCCAAUGAAAACAAAGUGAUGCUAAAUCAAUGAAAUUAAUUGAUCCAAAGAUCCUGUAUGAACACGGAGGACUGCUACAGCUGUGCUCUGGUAAUUCAUGGGGGCUGCUGCACUGCUAGUGUCGGCCCUGCCCUUUCUCCAGAGGUUACCUACCGCAGUUUAAAUGCUGGUACCUUAACUGCAAGUGCCAGCUGCAGUUGGACACAUUUAAUAUUUUCUGCUUCUGAAACCAGCUUACUUAAAGCAUUAAAUUUCUGUAUGCAGAUGAAUCUGUCUCUGAUUUGCAGUCUAAAUAUGACUUCUGUGAUCACAUAAUUGUCUGACCUUGAUAAGGGCUGAUAAAUUAAAUUCUGCUCAGCUUUUUCUUGAAGACUGAUGUGUCUAGACGAGAAAAACAGGCUUAAGUUUUAAAUGUGCUGGAAAACAUGUUUGAACUAAGAUGACUUUAAACAUGCUGUUCAAUCUGCAAAUGCAUAAAGUUCUUGUUUAUAAAAAAGUAAGCUGGUCAACAUCAACUUAUUUUAAAAAAAUGACAAACACUCUAUACUUAGGCUUAUUUUCCGAAUUCUUUAUGCUUCUAUUGAUGAAAUAAUAAUUAAACCAAUACACAAGAGCAAUGUAGUAUUAAAGUCAUUAGAGUACAUUGUGAUGGGAAAUUUGAAGCCCUGACUCCAUAAACUCAAAAAAUGAGUGGAAGAGGUAGGCUUCAAUUAGUAUUCAGAUGCUGUAGAGCCUGGAGUCUUUAAAAGUGCUUUAUUCAUUUUUCAGAAGAAAUGCAGCUUUCCUAAGAAUGCAAAAGACAAGAAAUAUUGUACCAUAAGUAGCAGAUUUGAAGAACCCCAGUAUUCCAGCUCAGCAGCAGAUUUUUGCAUUUUAGAUUACAACAUCCUGGAAAAAAAAAAUGCUCCUCUCCACAUGGGGCAAGGUUUGAAUCUUUUAUUGACAGAUUAAGCCAGUCACCACCAGUGACUUCACUGGAGCAAGCAAAAAGGAGUAAUACCAGGAAGAAUGUGGAGUAAUGUGACUGAAACCAAAAGAAUAAGAGUUUUAGGGAGUGGAAGGUAAAGAAUCAGUUAACAUGAAACAGAGAAACGUCUAUAUAGAAGUCUGAGUUCAGAAUUACACUUCUGGUUUCAUACCAAGUUAUUCAGAGGAAAAACUUCAGAUUUUUUUUAACUCACAAUACUGAACUGCUCUUUUCUCUUUCAAGACCAAUGAGUAGGAGCUUAAAGAAACUAUCUUCUGGGAAUGAUUUCAAAAUCUUCACUGUUUCUCUGAGCUAUUAAUUUAGACUCCAAAAUUGACUUCCAUCUUUUUCAAAAAUAUCUGUUUUCUCUUAAAGUCUUAAUUUGACAGAGCAAAAAACUGUAAUUGUUACUCCAGCCAGAGUAAAUUUCAUUGCCAAGUCUUUUCAUGCCAAACUUUUUCUUUUCUAUCAAUGCAAAGCCAGUAUUCAACCCAUAGUGGAAGUGUACUGCUUCCAAGUAAAAGUUGUAUUAGAGCCAAUAAAGCAAAUUUUUUCACCGGAUGAGAGAGAAUUCUAGAUUCUCAGUUAAUUUAUCAGAUUCAAUACAAAGAAUUGAAGUCAAUCUCUUAAAUGAUUUGAUUAAAAAAGACUUGUACUUUCAAAAAUCUUGCACAUAAAAACUGAUGUGAAUGCAGUAAGUAAAAAUGGAUGUCUGAUCUAUUUGAUAUGACAGCAGAAAAUUAAUGGAUUUUACUGGCUAAUGUCCUAACAUAGUUUUCUUAUACCUGACAUCAAUCACUCUGUAAGGAAAUUAGAAUUUCCUAUCACAGAUUCUUACUUUUUUCAAACAUAUCCUGUCUAUUAUAUUAAGGUAAUUACAUGUAUCAAUUUGCAGUUCUUUGCUGAGAAACCUGUUCUCAUAUUAUCUUUUGUGAAACAUUUUGCUGACAAACCUAUAAAACCAUUAGGGGAUGUCAGGCACUGAGGUAGUCAGAUUACCCACUAGAAAAUGCUGAGAACAGAGCUCUGUCCUAAAUCUCCCUUCUCAGAAGACUUGCUCAGCAGAGGGUGAUGCCACCUUCCUUUCAGCUCAGCCAUCCUUUGCCAGUGCAGCUCACUGCUGGGUUUUGAGUCUGGAACUGCGAUGGAAGGCACAGACGGAAGACGGAAGCUGCAGCCCAAAAGAAACAGCACAGCCGUUGAGAGGUGGUGGAAGAUCUCUCUGGCACUGCAGAAACGUGCAAGGGUAUAGAUAGCAAAUGUACACAACAGAUAAACAGAUUUGGAAGAUGCACCACGCUGACAUGUCCUAUCCCCCAAGUGCAUUUACUUGCUUGGACAAGGAAGGCACUCAUGGCCUCCCAAAGCUGUUCUCAGCAGCAGGGCUCAGGCUCCAGCCGUGACUCCUAGCAGCCCUCCAUCACUUUGGUAUGGAGUCCUGGCACCUGCAGGAUGAUGCUGAUGAAGAACGAGUAUGAGAGGCAAAGGCAACGUAGCAGUGAUGCCAAAUCUGUUUGGGCACCAGUGUUGCAAAUGCUGUACAUGUGAUUGCAGCCUGUUAUGAGAGUACAUGUGAAACAAAGGCACAUGCUUUAAAGUCCACUUUGAUAUCCAACAGCUAUUUGUAUACACUCAAUUUAAAUACAGAACCUCCAUAAACUACAUGGUACCAGGCCAAAGGACACAAAACAAUUAGGCUCAUUACUGUAUUCACGUUGAUGAGUCAAGCAGCAAUUAUUGAUUGCCACUGUUUUCUGGCAGUGUAGUCUUUUGGCAACAAAGCAUGAACUUUAAUUAAUUCUGCUUUCUUAAUGGGUUUUAAUUGUCCACUGCGCAUAUCUGUGUGUGCUUCUACAGGGAAGGCACUGCUAAUGUGGACACCAAUUCCUGUGGAUUCUGUUGCAAAAUAAAACAUUUAACGUAACUCCAUGUUUACCAGUUUGGAGACAUCAGGUACCAGCUGACUUGCUACUGCAAAUUGUUUGCACAUUUUUUAAAGCAUGAUACAGAAAAACUUUUCAGCAUAUCUAAGGCUUUCAGUUGCAUAACAGCUGAGGGGACAACACACUGCUCAACUUAACUGAAUUCAAAAAUAUAUUCAUGAAAAACAUCAAGAAGUUUUAAGAAUGGUACCAGCAGGUUGAGUCACCCCUAAUGAAAGCAAAUAUACUUCUUUUUAGUUUUUAAAGCUUCUAAGUGUAAUAUGGUAAAACAGAGCAAAUUAAAACCAAUACACAAUGGGUGUGUGCAUGAAAAUAAAAAGGCAAAUUCCACUGUGAUGACUGA